GUAUAUUAGCUAUGGUGAACAUGUGGGGCCAUGUGUUUUAAUAAUUGGUAAACUAGAUUUUAGGUUGUAACAAAGAAAAAUAAAAUGGGAUUGCAAAAGCAAGCUUUUAAGCGAAAGCGAGAUAUUCUAAAAAAUAGAACUAAUCAGCAACAAAGUGUCCAAACUUUACAAGAUAUAGAUAAUCUUGAAGAUGCUGAAGAUUCUGACAUCGAUGAUUACUUAAUAAAUGAACUAGACAAUAAUGAACUUAGUACAGAUGAAGAAACAGAAGAUAAUCAUGAUAAUUCUGACUCAGACAGAGAUCUAAUAAAAAAUUUGUUCUCAUCUGAUGAAAAUAGUGAAUUAGAAUUUGGUUUUUUAUCUGAAGAUGAUAUUGAUGAUUAUGAUGAUGAUGAUGAUGAUGAUGAUGAUGAUGAUGACGAUAAUGAUGAUGAUGAAGAUGAUGAUGAUAACGAUGAAGAAGAGGAGGAGGAGGAUGAUGAUGAUGAUAAUGAUGGUUAUGAUGAUUAUGAUGAGAACGAUGAAGAAGAAGAGGAGGAAGAUUAUAAUGAUGAUGAAGAUGAUGAAGAAGAAGAAGAAGAAGAAAAUAGUUAUGAUAGUGGAAAGAAUGAGGAAAAUAUUUAUAAUACUGAUGAUGAAGAAAACAAAGAAGAAAAAGAUAGUAAUGAUAGCAAAGAAAAAAGACUAACAAAUAAUGAUAUAAACAAAAGUAAAAGUAUAAGUAAGAUGAAGGAGAUUAAAACAAAGUUAAGUCCUAAAGGGAAGAAUAAAUUAAAAAAUAAUUCUAAUAAAUUACAUAAGAUACAAACGAAAGAAAAUUUAAAUUCUACGAAAUCUUUAAAACGUGAGAAACGUAGUGAAAAACUCGAAAAGAAUAAAAAUAAUAUGAAAUCUCAGACCAAUAAAGUAAAAGUUUUAAAUAAAACCAAAUCUGUUAAGGACGUUGAAUCGAAUAAUAAAAGUAAUGAUCAAGAAUAUGAAUAUGACAGUUCGGACGAAGAGGAUAUUCGUAAUACCGUAGGUAAUAUACCCAUGAAAUGGUACGAUGAAUAUGAUCACAUUGGUUACAACUGGGAAGGUAAAAAAAUCUUGAAACCAGAGAAAGGGGAUCAAUUGGAUAAUUUCUUAAAGAGAAUGGAAGAUCCAGAUUUUUGGAGAACAAUAAAAGAUCCUCAAACUGGACAAGAUGUUCUACUUAGCGAAGAAGAUAUACAAUUAAUUACUAGAAUACAAAAGCAAAAAAUUCCUGAUGUACAAUUCGAUGAAUAUGCUCCAUGGGUUGAAUGGUUUACAUCGGAAGUUAUGAAAACACCGCUUCGUAAUUUCCCUGAGCACAAACGUUCAUUCUUGCCUUCUAAACUUGAAGCUAAAAGAGUAUCCAAAUUUGUACAUGCGUUAAAAAUGGGUUGGAUGAAAUCGACAGCAGAAAUGGAAAAAGAAAAAGAACAAAAAGAUAAAACACCAGAGUUCUAUAUGUUAUGGCAGUCAGAUGAUCAAGCUGAGGAAAUGCGUAGAAUUCACAAACAUAUACCACCACCUAAGAGACAUUUGCCUGGUCAUGCGGAAAGUUAUAAUCCUCCGCCAGAAUAUCUAUUUGAUAGUAAAGAACUUAAAGAGUGGAAUAAAUUAAAGACGACUCCAUGGAAAAGGAAGUUACAUUUUAUUCCACAAAAGUAUACUUCUUUAAGAGAAGUACCUGCUUAUCCUCGAUAUAUCAAGGAAAGAUUCAAAAGAUGUUUAGAUUUGUAUUUAUGUCCAAGAGCAUUAAAAAUGAGGUUAACAAUAGAACCAGAAGCUUUGGUACCGCAAUUGCCUAGUCCCAAAGAUUUGCAACCAUUCCCAACAACGAUGUCUAUGAUCUUUAAAGGUCAUACAGAUAUGGUUAGAAGUAUUACAGUAGAACCAAGUGGACAAUACAUUGCUUCUGGUGGAGAUGACAUGACCCUAAAAAUUUGGGAAAUAGCUACAGGCAGAUGUACAAAAACAGUGGCUUGCGGUGGUGUAAUUAGAUGCGUUGCUUGGUGCCCUAAUCAAGCGAUAUCUCUCAUAGCUGUUGCAGCAGAUAAAAAAGUUCUCUUAAUAAAUCCAGGAAUCGGUGACCAUCUCAUUACUACCAAAACGGAUCAAUUGUUAGAAAUAAUACCGCAAAGCGAUGUUAUAGUUAGUGAAAGAGUAAAAUCAGCUGUACAGUGGGAACAGGCGGAGGGUGAAUCAUGGAGUAAAGGAAUUAGAUUAAUAUUGAAUCAUUUCAAAACAGUAAAACAAGUUACAUGGCAUGGUAAAGGUGAUUACUUUGCCACAGUUAUGCCCGAUGGUCAAAAUAGAUCUGUUUUAAUAAAUCAAUUAUCAAAAAGAAGAUCUCAAUUACCAUUCACUAAGUCCAAAGGUUUAAUACAAUGUGUAUUGUUCCACCCGAUAAGGCCUUUCCUAUUUGUUGCGACUCAAAGAAAUGUUAGGAUAUAUGAUUUAGUUAAACAAGAAAUGGUGAAAAAAUUAUUGUCCAAUUCGCAAUGGAUAUCAACAAUAGCUAUACAUCCUGGUGGUGACAAUAUUUUGGUUGGUACCUAUGAUCGUAAAAUGUUAUGGUUCGAUUUGGAUUUAAGUACAAAGCCGUAUCAAACAUUACGUUUACAUGGCACAGGUGUUAGAGGUGUGGCUUUUCACAAACGUUAUCCUCUUUUUGCUUCUGGUGCCGAUGAUAGAAGUCUCAUUAUUUCACAUGGAAUGGUUUAUAAUGACUUAUUACAAAAUCCAUUAAUAGUGCCAUUAAAAAGAUUAUGUAAUCAUGAAUCGUACAACGAUUUUGGAAUUUUGGAUGUUAUGUUUCAUCCUACUCAACCAUGGGUCUUUUCUGCUGGAGCUGAUUCAACGAUACGAAUGUAUACAUAAUAUAUUAUAUUAAUUAUUUUAAUACAAGAAAUAAUAAAGGUUGAAAUCAAAUUCUG